AUGGAGAUCGGCUUUCCCAUCCCAACCCAAAACAUAUACCCACGACUACGCUUAGAUCAAAUGGAGUCUCCUCCUUCAUCUCCCUCCUCCUCCGCCAGCUCGUCAACGGCUAAAGCAUCCUCGCCUCCCCGUUCCCCCCCGGAAGACGAGAUAGGUUCCUCCCCCCCCCUGCUCUUACCGGAGAAUUUAAUUCCAAGAUCCACUAACAGCCCCCCGACCGUAGACACCGACUCGGACGAUUCCCUAGACACCCCGGAAUCGGACAACAUAGAAGACAUCCUAUGCAGCCAAAACCCCGCCCGUCGCUACCGUGUUCCGGGAAAACGCCCGAGAAAAGCAAGAUCGCCCACCUCGCCCAGGAAAGAGGCAGGGCCAGAGGGGGGAGAUGAGCCAUUGUCUAUGCAGGCUCCACCUAAAAAGAAGAGGAGGGGGGGGAAGAUGAAUGGUGAAGGGGGAAGUGGCAGAGGGGUCGAGGCGGAGGCUGCGUCGCGAAAGCCCAGCGAUUGGGAGGGGGAGAAGUGGUGGCGGAUGACAUAUUCUGAGGAUGACGAGUUCGACAAGAAGGAGCAGGAGUUGGAGGAGCUUGAGAGGAGGGAGAAGGUGAGGAGGGAGAAGGUGUGGGCGGAGAAGAGGGAGCGGGAGAGGGAGAGGGAGAUGGGGGAGGAGAAAGGGCGGAAGGAAAAGCCAGAUAACAAGUGCGAAAAGGAGAAGAGGAAGGGCAAGGAAGAGGGAGAGGAGAAAGUGGAGCCGGGAGGAGCGGACGUAGAGCUGGAAGGAGGGGUGAUAAUAGAGCUGGAAGGAGAGGAGAUAAUAGAGUUGGAAGAGGAGAAUGGACGGAAUGUCGGUGGGAUUGAGAAUCCCGACGGGUUCGACAGCUCCAAAAAACUCAAUACCCCCGGAGACGCCAAUUCGGAAGACGCGCCUGCCAGUCCAAAUCACUCGCUACACCGGUGCACCGCUCGGUGA